AGCCUAUAAAAACGACGAUGCACCUCUCGUCCUCCCAUCGGACUGCAAGUGAAGCUCACACGACCUAGCCUACCCUACCCACCCAUCCAUCAGCAGUUUUUCUAUCGGCCAAUGGCUUCUUCUUCUGUGCUGCUCGGAGCCUCGGCCACGGCCGCGCUCACCGGUACCCCGGCAGGCAAGGCCCUUCCCCGGCCUUGCUUCCUCGCCGCUCGCCCGCGCACCGUGAGCGGUGGCCGCCUCUGCCUGCAGAACGCUCCAAGGGCGACUCCGGCGUACAACGACGCUGCGGAUGCCACCGACAAGGCCAUCGAGGGCGUGAAGGGGGUGGCCGACGAGCUGAAGAAGGGCGUGGCGGAGGCGGCGGAGGCCGUCUCGGGCAACACCGAGAAGGCCGCGGAGGAAGCCGGCAAGGGCGCGAGCGAGGUGGACGACAAGGCCAAGGACUUCGGCGAGCAGGCGAAGAAGGCGACGGAGGAGGCGUGGGACGGCGCCAAGGACGCCGCACAGGGCAUCACGGACAAGGUCGCCGCCGCGGCCAAAAAGGAAGCUAGCUAAGCUAACACUACGUUGACUAGUCCGAUCUGUAUCUCUCAAUUCAUUUUCCAUUGUAAGAACGCAUAUACGUACUUUUGGUACAAAAGAAAAGAGAUAAGAUAGCUGUAUUUAUUUUCUGA